CCACAGGCCGCCGGAGCCCCCCCAUCCAUGGCCAUGGGCCGACGCCCCCCGUGAGCCCCCCCCGUGAGCCCCCCCCGGCCGGGCCCGGCCGUGCUGGCGGCGGUGGGGGGGGGGGCGCGGAGGAGAAUUUUAGACACAACACCCCCCCCCCCCCCAAAAUCUGGGACCCCCUGAGAUAGAGACAGCCAUGAGCGCCCCCCCGCGGUCGGAGCUCGCGGCCGCCGCCGCCGCCCUGCUGCGCCUGGGCGAGGAGCGCCCCCCAGCGGCCGCCGUGACCCUGCUGCGCCUGGGCGAGGAGCGCCCCCCAGCGGCCGCCGCGGGGCUGCUCCAGCGCAAGGGACGCCCCGAGUGGAGACCCCGCGAGGAGGAGCCCAGGAAGGGGGCCCCCAAGGCUCGGGACGGGGGGUCUCUGCGGCGCCCGCUGCGCGUGGGGUUCCUGACGCUGCCGGCGCCCCAAGAGCGCGGCCCCCGGCCCUGCACCCCCGGCAUGGCCCCCCGCUCCCUGUCCUGCCACGCCGUGGGGCUCCCCGACCCCGGGGGGCCCCCCCUGCGCCCCCCACCCGGCCCCCGCACGGGACCCCCCGAGGGGAGGGGGCUCGAGGCACCACCCGCCAAGAGGGGGGGCACCCCCCGGGGGGGCUGCGUGCGCCAGACCCCCCCCCUGAAGCCCUCGCGGAGCCCCCAGACCCGUCUGUCAGGAGGGGCCCCCCCGCCGCCCCCCCCCUCGGCCGGGGAGGGGGAGGAGGGGGAGGAGCCUGUGUACAUCGAGAUGGUGGGGGACGCGCGGGGGGGCCUCGGGGGGGACCCCCGGCGGGGGGGGCCGGCGGGAGCGCCCCCCCCUCCCCCGGAGGAGCCCGAGGCCAUUUACGAGGAGAUGAGUUGCCCCCUGCCCGCGGGGGAGGGGCCGGGCUUUGGCCACACCCCUUUCACCGGACACACCCCCUUCCGCGGCCACGCCUCCUCACACGGUGGCCACGCCCCUUUCUCGCACUACGGACACUCUCCCUAUGCGGGCCACGCCCCUUUCUCCGGUCACCCCCCCCACACGGGCCGCACCCCUAUCAUCGGCCACGCCCCCUUCUCUGGCCCCGCCCCCAUUCCUCCGCCCUUCCCGAACCUGCUUCCACCCCGCCCCCCUCCGCUAGCCCCGCCCCCCGAGGUCGCGUCGCGCCUGCCCCUCCCCCAGCGCCGCGAGGCCCCGCCCCCCGCGCGCGCACGCAGCCACUCCACGCCCCUCCCACCGCAUCACGCAGGGGGGGCGGGGCGGGAGCGCGGGGGCGGGGCGGGGCUCGGGCCGCUGCCCCUCCCUCCGCCCCCGGCUGAGGCCCCGCCCCCCGGGAAGCGCCCGCCCUCCUACGACAGCCUGAGAGGGGGCGUGGCCGCCGCAGUUUCCGCCCCCCCGCGCGAGGAGGACCCGCCCCUCCGCCGGGUGGGUGGAGCCUCGUCUCGCCGCGGGAAAGAACCCGACAAGGCGCCGGAGCCCCCCCGGGAGGAGCGGGGGGGGGCAGGGGCGGGACCCCCCCCCUCUGGGAUCCCUGUCCGGGCUGAGGGGCCGCGGGGGCGGCCCGGACCCCCCGUGCCCUGCCAGACCUUCCCCGCCUGCGGGAGAGCCUCGGAGCUGCCCGGGGGUCCCCGCCUGGGCCGUUCCGCCUCCACCUCGGGGGUCCGCCAGGCCGGGGCCCCCCCGUUCCCCCGCGGCCCGCACCCGUCACGGCCCCUCUCCGGGGGGGUCCCCUCGGCGGGGUCGGGGGGCCCCGGGGGGGUCCCCGUCGCCGCCCCCCGCCCGCGGGACGGGCAGCUGCAGGAGGUGAUCGACCGAAAGCGCUGCGUCUGCACCGAGAUCAAGGCGCGGGGGGGGCGGGGGGGGGGGCUGUGCAAGCAGGACAGCCUGCCCCCCCUGCCCGCCCCCCCCGCCUGGAAAGGGGGGGGAUCUGCCCCCGACGGUCGCCCCCCCCCCCCCCCCCCCCCCCCCGGCACCCCCCCGGCCCGACGCCCCCACGCCGUGCUCUGGGACACCGCAAUCUGACCCCCCCCCGGGGUGCCUGGAGCACCCCAAAAACCACCCCCGGGGCCGGGGGGGCCCCCAAAAUUAGAGGGGGGGCUCCUAAGGGUAAAGGGGGGCUCCUGAAGUGAGGGGGGGGCGACACGGCUGGGCCGGGUUGGGGAGGAACUGGGGGGGUAUUUAUGGUAUGAUGAGCCCCCCUCCUAAAUAAGGAGGGAGGAACGUACGCUCCUAAAAUAAGGGGGGGGAAGAUGGAGACCCCCCCUCCCCUGGGGUAACAGGGAGGGACCUCCAAUAAGUGGGGGGAGAGACCCCAAAAAGGGGGGCAGGGUCAAGCCCCUGAUUAAGGGGGAUUAAAUCCCCCCAAUAUGGGGGUGUCGAGCCUCAAUAUCGGGGUACAGUCCCCCCCGGGGGUUAAAGCCCCCCCAUGAACUGGGGGGUCCCUAUAAAGGGGGGCAAAGCUCCCCAAUAAAAGGGGGGGGUCACCCCUCACUAGGGGGGUCCAGUCCCCCUAAAAGAGGGGGGUCACCCCUCAGCCGGGGGUUCAGCUCCCCCGGCCCGGGGGGGUGCUGUAACUGCUUUGCAAUGUAUUUAUGGGGGGGUAUUUAUGGGGGUGCAUCAAGCAGGGGCCGGG